ACUUUGGUGGGGAAGGACUGAUUUCACUGGCCUCUGACCCUGAAGAGAGUCAGUAGGUCAUGCUGGGAGACAUUAGGCUUUUUGGUUGAGAAGGAGGGGGGAGAUUUUGGUGGUGUUGGGUGUUGACUGGACCAGUAGCGGUUAAUGCUGACUGUAUUUGAACUUGUGCAUAAUGCAAGGGUGACUUAACUGUUUGAAGCCAGGCUGCACAGCUGCACUGGCAGAGCCAGUUGUUCUAGGACCCAGGCAGUAUGCUGUUGUUCAUUUUUCAGCUGAAGCUGCAUUUGUCUUGCCCUUUAAUACCAGUUUUCUUCAAUAUGCAGCUUAGGAAUAAUGUUUCCAACAUGUCUGUGCAGUCACUGCUUUGUGAAAGAAUUGCUGUUGCCAAAGAAUUGAUCAAGAGAGCAGAAGCCCUUUCCAAGUCCCAGAAAAGGAGAAUAGAAGGUGGGGCAAAACUAUGUGGCAAACUGAAGGCUGAGCUGAACUUCUUACACAAGGUGGAGGCAGGGAAGGUGGCCAUAAAAGAAUCCCAUCUGCAGAGUACAAACCUUACCCAUCUCCAAGCCAUUAUUCAGUCAGCAGAGAACCUGGAGGAUGUCGUCAGUGUCCUCCGAGUCUUUGCUUAUGAGGACAGGUUUGGAGACAAACAGACACUGGUGGUAGAUGUAGUUGCAAAUGGAGGUCACACGUGGGUGAAGGCCAUCGGUCGGAAGGCUGAGGCCCUGCAUAACAUCUGGCUGGGGAGAGGCCAGUAUGGUGACAAAAGCAUCAUUGAGCAGGCAGAGGACUUCCUGCAAGCAAGCCGUCAGCAGCCAGUGGAGUACAGCAAUCCCCACAUAAUCUUUGCAUUCUACAACAGCGUGUCCAGUCCUAUGGCAGAGAGACUCAAGGAGAUGGGAAUAUCUGUGCGAGGAGACAUUGUGGCUGUGAACUCGCUGGUGGAGCCAUCUACAGAAAACCAGCACCUUAGUGCCAGUGAAUCAGAUGACGAAGGCCCUGAACUCCUGCAGGUGACCAGAGUAGACCAGGAGAAUUUAGUGGCCAGGAUUGCUUUUCCUACCCAGAUCAAAGUAAACGUGUGCAAUAGGGUUAACUUGGACAUCACUACCUUAAUAACCUAUGUCUCUGCUCUGAGCUAUGGUGGCUGCUACUUCAUCUUCAAAGAAAAAGUGCUAACGGAGCAAGCAGCUCAAGAAAGGACGGAGAGAGUCCUGCCUCAGCUGGAGAAGUUCAUGGAGGGGAAAGAGCUCUUUGCCUGUGAAUCUGCUAUCAGAGACUUUCAGUCCAUCUUGGAAACGCUGGGAGGACCUGGGGAGAAAGAGCGAGCUGCGUUGCUUAUUAAAAGAAUUAAUGUGGUGCCAGAUCAGCCAUCAGACCGUGCCUUAGGACUAGUGGCUAGUUCAAAAAUCAACAGCCGUUCUCUAACCAUUUUUGGGACAGGAGACACUUUAAAAGCCAUCACCAUGACCGCAAAUAGUGGUUUUGUGAGGGCAGCGGCUAACCAAGGUGUCAAGUUCAGUGUUUUUGUCCAUCAGCCGCGAGCAUUGACAGAAAGCAAAGAAUCUGUUGCCACACCUUUACCAAAGAGCUGCCCAACUGAUAAUGGACUGUAAGUCAUUAGAUGAGUUAGUCAUUGAAAUAUUGCAGGUGCUGCAGUGGAGGCGUUUGGAGGAAUAAGAGGUGUCAUAGUACAUUUUUUGGGUGUGUAUCAGUGAAACCAGUAACUGUAGCAGCGGAAGGGUUCCUCAAGGAAUUUGCAAUAUCUUUACUCAGUUCUUGCUUUCUUUGGUCAGCUGACCAUUAAUUUAUUCACUAAGGUAAUAAGAUUUCAGUAAUAAUUGUUAACUGGUGUACAGUAUAUUAAUUGUAUCCAUCCCUAUUAAAAAGUUAAGUUAAAGCACA